AGUUUCAGGUUCAGCUAGAACUAAAGAAGACUGAUCAUGAGGCCCCUCAAUAUAUUCCUGCUGCUCUCCAUGGUUCUGUGCUGCUUCUUGGAUACUGUUCAAGUUAAAAAAGAACCCCGAGAGGCUAAUUGUGAUUUUGCUAGUGGAUGCAAUUAUGACCCUGUCUGUGGCACUGAUGAAAUUACCUAUGCCAAUGAAUGUCUUCUGUGUAUUGUAAAUAAGGGAAGAAAUUUUGAUGCCCUCAUCAGAAAAUCUGGGAAAUGCUAAGAAACCAAAAUAUCUUGGAGCCCCCAGUAGGGUGGUACCAUGGCUAGCCAGCCUGAGUUAUUAAUAAAUACAUGAG